AUGGAACGAACCAUGAGACGGUUCAAAGAGGCCAUGUCCAUGACACCACCCGCCUUUGUCAUUGAGACCAAGACAAGUCGUCGUCGCAAAAGUCGCCCCAAUAACCCUUCCACAAGCAACAACAACAACAACAACAACAACAACAACAACAAAGCAAAGUCCUUUUCGAUGGGUUCCGGAGAGUUUCAAACACGAUUGUUUCGGACGAACGUAGUGACUUGUCUCAAAGAAAAGCAAAAGAAGAAUCCUCAUUGCAAUGCAUCCUCGGUUUUGCUGGCAAAAGGGACACUGAACGCGAAAGAAUGCAGCAUGAAUAGUACUACUGCUAGUACCGAUGACAACAAGUCCGAAAAGGAAAAUAAUAAUACUCGUCAAUUGCGUGGGGAUGCUGCCUCGGCCGACGAUACUGCUUCGUUCGAUUUGGUCUUGGAUGACAGCCGAUACGAAUAUGACGAAAGGAACAAUUCUAUACUGCAAGACAAUAAUGGAGUUGUUGCUGUGAAAGAAGAUUGUUGUUCUUUUUCAGAGGACGAUGAGGACGAAAUAAGUGAGGUAUCGUCGAUUGGUACAAACGGUGAAUUUGUGACAACUCCAAAUAAGCCAGUCCAAAAGGCGACUCGAUUGUUAAUGGCGGCCUCCUUUCCUACCGGUAUUGGGGGUGAUGCUACUAGCGUCCAUACAACGACAACAACGACAACUCCAUUGAAGGAACGUACUACGAACAGUCGAACCAUGAACAGCAGCAGUCUGCUCGCACCAUCAUCUAAUGGCUGGUGGACUACCACCACCACUACUAUCAUCAACAGCAACAACAACAACAACAACAACAACAACAACAGCAACCAUCAAGGUCGCAGCAAGCUUGCCACUGCUAGACAAAAGACUGAAUUGGGACACGCAUUGCUCCAAAAACAAGACUAUGCCAAUGCCCGAACAGUCUUGCUAGAAGCUACUCAAUUGUACGAAUCGUCAUCAUCAUGCUCCUCCAAUCAUCAAAAUGAUACUACUACUGCUACAACUACUACAAGUCUGGCCCUUGCUUUGGACACUUAUGCCGUGGCCUGUCUCAAAUCAUCCAGUCAUAUUCAAGAGGGCUUGACAGCACUCCAACGAGCCUUUUGCAUUCGGAGUCACCAUUUGGGGGUCUGGCAUGUGGAUACGGUGGAUACCUACAACAAGAUUGCCGGAGUUCACUGGCAAACGGGCCAACCCGAAAAAGCCCUCCAAGAAUAUCAGCAAGUAUUCAAAGUGCGAACGGCGCUGCUGGGGCCCCAACAUCCGUCCGUGGCCAUUACGGCCCAUGCGUUGGCCAAGGUCCAUUUGCAAUUGGGGAAUGCCAAAGAAUCAAAGGCGCAUUUUGCACUGGCCAAGAGCAUUUAUCAGCAAUUGGGAAUGCGGUACGAUCACAAGAGCAUGGCCAAGCUAUUGCGAGAUGAACAACAAACUGGGGUCAUGUCGCAACUGGGCAACAAGAACAAUACUCAUCAUGGUGAUGGCAACGACGAACCAACCUCGUGGUUCCCAGAUCCAAUGACUGCCGAGUUUUGA